AUGCGUCGCGUUCGGCGGGCGUAUCGUUCGUCAUUAAUCGAGCAUCACAAGAUUCGAAAUCAUUUGGGACUUAUGGCAACAAUUAUCAAUCUUGCUGGGAAAGUUGCUCUAGUCACCGGGGCUACAUCUGGCAUAGGCUAUUCGACGGCUGUGCUAUUUCAUGAACUUGGUGCAAGCCUCAUUGUAACCGGUAGGAAUAUUGACCGUCUAAAAGCGCUAGAAAAUCGAUUAAAGGAUGGAAAGGGUCAAGUUUUGGCUGUUGUUGCGGACCUUACUAAUGAAGAAGAUAUUCGUGAGCUUGCCAAAGCAGUUGUUGCAAAGUUUCAUACACUGGAUAUUUUGGUCAACAAUGCUGGAAUUAUUGAUAGAGGUACGAUUGAGGACACUACCUUGGAGCGUUAUGAUCGGAUAAUGUCUACUAAUUUACGCUCAGUUUUCUAUCUUACUCAGUUAUUGGUUCCUCACCUAAUUGCUUCUAAAGGUUCUAUUGUCAAUGUAUCCAGUGUUAAUGGAAUAAGAUCAUUCCCAGGCGUCUUAGCAUACAAUAUAUCGAAAGCUGGCGUUGAUCAGCUAACACGUUGUAUUGCACUUGAAUUAGCACCUAAAGGUGUUCGUGUAAAUUCAGUCAAUCCUGGCGUUACGAAAACGGAUCUUCAUAAAUGUGGUGGUAUGGAUGAAGUUGCUUAUAGUGCUUUCAUUGAACAUUCUAAAAGUACUCAUGCUCUUGGACGAGUUGGCGAUCCAAAUGAAGUGGCAAAUGCCAUUGCAUUUUUAGCUAGUAAUGCUUCUUCAUUUAUCACCGGUGCAUCGAUUCCAGUUGAUGGUGGUCGUCAUGCUAUGUGCCCACAAAAAUCAGGAACGAUAUCAGUGGUAGAAAAUGAAAAUGAUGAAUUCAUCAUAGGGGAUUCAUAUGAUGAUGAUGUAGAAGAGAAUGAUUAUAUUAUUGCAAGUCGAUCAGAACCAGUCAUGUAUCCAUCAAAACAACAAGAUGAGUCAUCUUGGCAAAACAGUCAUUAUCUUUGUCUUGCAAAGCAGAGAAGCUCUGAAGGGACAGAUUCUAUAUCUGAGACAAUUUCUAGAAGAAUUGUACCAACAAGACGGUAUUCACCAUCUCAAUUUGAACACAGAAGAUCGAAUUCAAGCUCAACCGAGAAGAAGUCCAGUUACAUGCAUCGUAAUGAAGAGGAACGAAACAAUAAUAUUGCUGAAAUGACUAAUGCUCCCGUGUUUCGUGCAAAGUUCAUCAAUACAAUCGCCGAUGUUCCACUUGCUGUAUUGAUGCGUAGUGGAUCACUUGGUGUAAGUGCUUGCGACAAACCACCUUUGGUGCAGCUUACGGGACAUUCGGCAUCAUUUUCAUUUAUUGUGGAUUUGACAAGUUUUGACAUUGUGGACCUUACAUAUGAUGGUUUAAGCGGUUGGAGUACACGUGGAUUGGUUUCAAAGUUUUUUUUUAACAAAGACAAAACAAAAUGUGCUCAGGGAAAGCAUGAAUAUACAAUACUGCGGAAAGUUUUGGUUCAUCCUCAUACUGUUCCACCUAAUUCUGUUCGAAAAGUUGUUUGGCAAGUUAUGAAAGGCGAUGAAUUUUGCAGAUAUGCGUUAAUUUCGUAUCAUAUCACGAAUGAUGCCGUGUUAGAUAGCAGUGCUUUGGAAAUGGAUCUUGUGAAAGAAAAUGAAGCAGAAGAUUCUAGACUUGAACCUGUCAUUGUGGCGAGAGAUGAUCAUGCUUCUGUAGAAAUUGCUGAUCAAAGCGUCAGUACAUCAAAUGAAGCAGUGUGUGAAGUUGAAGACAGAGAUGAUGUUGAAUUUUACUUUGAAGGAGAUGUGGAGAGUCUCAAGCGUCAAUUGGAAGAAAUCCCAGAACUAGACUCUGAGUCGGGCUCUUUUAUUUGGAUGCACAAUUAUUUUGGAUUGUGCAUGAUUACAAAUGCACCAGUAUUCAUGCAGAAAUUUGUAGGAACAUUGGCAGAUGCACCACUGGAAUUACUUAUACAAGAUGAACUAGAUGCAUCGAUCCCCGUAUGUACUUAUCUUCCUAAACUUAAUCUUUAUGGAGCUGCUGCUUGUCUUAGUUUUCUGAUUGAUACAAAAUGUUUUCCCGUAUCAGAUAUAAGUGCCGAUAAUCUUGGCCAGUGGAAUGCUAAAGAUGGACGUAGAAUGAGUGUUCGUAAAUUCUAUUAUCGGACUAAAGAUAAAUCUGGAGUGGAGGAAGAAUAUUGCGUGAUUAGACGAAGAUACUUGCAUCCUCAUUGUAUCCCAAAUAAUUCGAUACGAAAAGUUAUCUGGCUAAUUAAAAAAAAAGAGGAAUAUUGUCGCUAUGUGCUAGUUUCAUACUAUAUAGAAGCGGAUGCCCAUGUGAUGCAAAUACCACAUGGCAAUUCUCGUACAAAUCAAAGGUGUUACGUUCGCACUUAUCCUAGUGAAGUAAAGAAACGAUUAUUUAACAUUAAGCAGGGAUGCACAGAAACAAAUUCUUCGGAAAAGAUCAUAUUGCAUGAACCACAUUUUAAUGUUACCGAGGAAGUUGACGUUGAAGUAGACAAUGUUUCUGAAAACUCUGAAGUCGAUGUGGAUGGUACUAAUGCACAGGAAGCUCAAAGUCCUAUUAUUCCAGAUUCCCUCAUUUCUGAAAGUGAAAUGGCUAACAGAAUUAGCUUGGUGACAACGAGUAUUCCAUUCAACUGUUCAUACAUUAAUGCAAUCACUGAAUUACCGAUUGCUUUGCUUCGACAACCAGAAAUAACACCGGGUGUGGCUGAAGUUAAUACUGCAGUACCACAAAUUCGUUUAAUCGGACAAGGUGUACGAAUGUCAUUUAUUGUUGAUACAUUGCAUAUUCCAUAUGUAGAGUGGAACUGGGAUGGCCUCGGUGCAUGGAACACAUCACGUGGGAAUCGUGUGACUCUGAGCAAAUAUUGCUAUGACUCGGAUGAUUGUCGAUGUGGUACAAAAAGAUACUCCUAUUGUGUGAUUAAAAAAAAGUACGUGCAUCCAUAUUCGGCUCCACCUAGUUCUGUUCGUAAAGUUGUUUGGCUUAUCAAGGAUGCUGCUGGUAAUUAUAAUAGAUACAUGCUUGUUACGUACAAAAUUGAAAAUGAUAGUGUUGUUACAAUUAAGCGGAUACAGCAACAAAUAGGACCAGAACAACGGAAUCCAAGACACUCCGUAUUAGUUGACGAAACAGUAUAUGAUGAAUGUGAGAUAAAUCAUGAAAUCGCUCGAGUAACAAAAAGCCCCGUGUUCUUGAAGCAGUUCAUCAACAAUGUCAAUGAUUUACCACUGGAUACAUUACUGGAAUCAAACCAGAUUGAUGUUCCAGUUUGUGAUACAGUACCUCACAUUUCGAUAUUAAGUGAACCGACAAAUUAUCCGCUACAGAUGUCAUUUUUGAUUGACACGGACAAAGUAGCAAUCAGUGACUUGAGUGUUGAUAAUUUAGGACAGUGGAAUACAACUCAUGGUCGGAGAAUGACUCUUCGAAAAUUCUAUUUUUCUCAAGAAAGACAACGCUGCCUUGAAGGAAAUCAUUUUUAUACUGUCAUACGAAAAACUUAUGUCCAUCCAAAUAGUAUUCCAGACGGAAUGGUCCGUAAAAUAAUUUGGCAAAUAGAUACAGCAGAAGGAUAUGUGAGGUAUUCCUUAAUUUCAUACGACAUUGGCAUUAAUACUGUAGUUGAAGCUAUACCGCAUGGUAAUUCAAAACGUAACACUACUGUAUAUCGACGUAAAGAACCAAGCUUAAUAGCUGAAAUAAAACGUGAACGAAUGAAACGGAUUGGCGAAAGAGGUCCUAUCGAAUUAGAUGAUGCUUUUCCAAUGAAACAUUCUAGAUUGGGGUCUUAUGUAACUGGCCCCUCGGGUAUAACUCUCUAUGAAGAUGCUGGUUACGAUGGAGUUGACGAUGCUUAUCCUUUGACACAUGAAGAAUUGAUGAGUCGUAUGACACUUCCAAGUUUACGACGGUUUACCCGGCCUUAUCAUAAUGAUGAACCAUUUAGCGUAGUGUUUUUGUUAGACCAAAAUGUGGGCAUUGUCCAAUGUGCUUCUUGUAAUGUUGAUUUUUCGCGGCAUCCACAACCACCAGAAGAUUUAGUUUUGGAGCAUGUGGAACGUUUUUGGAACCAAAGAACUGGUUCUUAUUCUACUCAACAAAUGCAAAAGAAAUAUAUUCAUGCAAGAUUAGAAUGUGUCUUAGCAAGAUAUGAAUAUUUUACAACAUUGGAUUUUCUUCUGAUAUCGCAUGAUGUCCGCAUGCGCCUAACUAAUGUUCAUCAGCAACACUUGAACAUGGAGUUUGGUUGUUCUUUUGAGUGA